CACUGCUAAUCGUAUGCCUAUCCCUACAUUUAAAUUAAGACAAAAAUCAAAUUUCUAGCAUAUCCUUUGUGGCUGUGUUAUCUAUAGUGGAAACCCUGGCACUUUGCUGACUUGGGAGGUAACUGAACUGUCUUCGGUUUGUUGGGCAGAGAGGAACUUCACAGCUGCUACGGGUGUGGUUUUUAACGUGAUACAUCUUAACGAAGAGAAUAGUGCAUAACAUCCCUCACACACUGAACGACUAAAUUAUAACUCAGAGGAAGAGGAGCAACAUAGCUCUGCGUCACAGUGGUUUAUUGAAUUUUGGUUCAUUGCAAACUGUAAUCGGAAAUCGAUCUGCUCCGCGGUCUUCACAGCUGGAAUACUUUUGCUGAGGUUCCGUGACUCUUUUUCUUGGUCUAAAACGUGAACUUAACUGAUUUUAUUGACGCGCCCUCAAAAUAAAUUGUUGUUACUCAAAGUUUGUGUCCUCGUAAUGACAAACAAAUGAAUUUUUUCUGUCGGCUUGGAUAGAAUGUUCAAAAAUAGGCCUUAAACUUGGUUUACAAACGAGGAAACAUCAGGAAUAGAAAAGUGAAUUCGGACUAAAUUUAAUAAAUCAUUUGGAUGCUGGUUUGUGGGUGAAUCAAACUUGUUUUCCAGUCGUAUUUCUCAAAGAGGAAGUUGCAUUUCUCAACCCCACAACACUGGACUGGGAACUAUUUAAACAAAAAUAAACACUCACAGAAAUAGAGCCCUAAAUAGGCUGCAUCAUUUUUGUGUGAUAUCGUUCCGAUAAACAGCAGUCCUGAAGCGUGCACUUGGAACCAUGGGGUGUACAGUGAGUCAGGAAGAUAAAGCCGCGGCCGAGAGGUCCAAAAUGAUUGACAAAAACCUUCGAGAAGAUGGAGAGAAGGCGGCGAGAGAAGUGAAACUGCUCCUUUUGGGUGCUGGAGAGUCAGGGAAGAGCACCAUUGUGAAACAGAUGAAGAUCAUCCAUGAGGAUGGCUACUCAGAAGAAGAGUGUAAACAGUACAGAGCUGUGGUCUACAGCAACACCAUCCAGUCAAUCAUGGCCAUCAUCAAGGCAAUGGCUAACCUCAAGAUCGACUACGAAGAGGCCGCUCGAGCGGAUGAUGCCCGCCAGCUGUUUGCCCUCUCAGGGGCUGCUGAGGAGCAGGGCAUCCUGCCAGACGACCUGUCCAACGCCAUGCAGAGGCUGUGGGGCGACGGAGGGGUGCAGGGUUGCUUUACGCGCGCCCGCGAGUACCAGCUCAACGACUCGGCUGCCUACUACCUGAAUGAUCUAGAGAGGAUAGCCAAAGCAGACUACAUCCCCACACAGCAGGAUGUGUUGCGGACCAGAGUCAAGACCACCGGCAUCGUGGAGACACACUUCACCUUCAAAGACCUGCACUUUAAGAUGUUUGACGUGGGUGGCCAGCGUUCUGAGAGGAAGAAGUGGAUCCACUGCUUUGAGGGAGUCACAGCCAUCAUCUUCUGUGUGGCCAUGAGUGCCUAUGAUCUGGUGCUGGCUGAGGAUGAGGAGAUGAACCGGAUGCACGAGAGCAUGAAGUUAUUUGACUCCAUCUGCAACAACAAGUGGUUCACAGAGACCUCCAUCAUCCUGUUCCUCAACAAGAAGGACUUGUUUGAGAAGAAGAUCACCCACAGUCCCCUGACCAUCUGCUUCCCAGAGUACUCUGGUCCCAACAAAUUUGAAGAGGCACAGGCCUACAUCCAGACCAAGUUUGAGGACCUGAACAAGAAGAAGGACACCAAGGAGAUCUACAGCCACUUCACCCAAGCCACCGACACCAAGAACGUUCAGUUUGUCUUCGACGCCGUCACCGACGUCAUCAUCAAGAACAACCUGAAGGACUGUGGUCUCUUCUAGAGCGAAGCCUGAGGAAGAGUCAAGUCUUCCCUCAGAUUACUUGAACAGCUCUGAUGACCAGAAGGAAGGAUGGGGAAGACAGACUGCACUGGCCAACCACCAUUUAUGCUUUUAUCUGCUUUUUUUAAAGACACCUAAGAGACUGAGAACUUGGAGAGCCUUGCAGAAUUUCAACGAUUGCUGAUCCAGUUGCUCAUAAUUGUUAACUCUUUCAGCCAAGACCUUGAAUCAAACAUUUAUUGUCUUUUUUUGUUUUGUUUUUCUUUGUUUAUUUUCAAUUAUUCGAGGAGAAAAUGGAAAAGUUUUUAUUAAAUGCUUUCAUGUUACUUUACAAAAUCUAAUGUGCAAAUUCCAUUAAACUUUUAAUCACAUAA